AUGUCUUCCGGAUUCGUGUCGGGCGGAACAGCAGAUGCCCCCAUCGCGCGAGACGAGGCAUGGCUUUCGGCACAGCGAGAAAUUGAAGCUAAUAUCCAGAAAAAAGCCAUCGAGGCUCGUCGCCAAACGGAUGGAAAGAGCUUGUACGAGACGCUAGAGGCAAACAAAGCCGCCAAGCAAGAUGCAUUCGAAGAAGCAAAUAGAUUGAAGAAUCAAUUCCGGGCCUUGGACCAGGACGAGGUAGAGUUUCUGGACUCGGUCCUCGAGAGCACACGGGCUGAGGAGGCGCGAGUGAAGAAGGAGACAGCGGAGGGGUUAGCUUUGUUCAGGCAACAACAGGACGAGGCCGAUAGAAAGGCUAGGACAGGAGAUGAACCCACCGCGCAGCUACGCAUUGGGUCGCAAGUUGCAGAGGGGGCUUGGAUAGCUGGUGGAAGAAAACGCAAGCGUGUUAAAGACAAAGAUGGGUUAAAAGGCGUCAAGAUUCGAAGGUCAUCCACUUCUGAUAAUCAUGCGCAGACUCAGGAGCCUGGUGUUUUGACAAAAACUCGAGAAGUCAAAGAGCCUAACGCGGCCAAAGUAGACACUGUCUCCUCGGCAGCAACUCGAGGGGAUGUUUCAGAUGCUACGUCGGAACACCACGGCGAGGGCACAAAACUUUCAAAAGUAACUGCACUUGUCAGUUAUGGAUCUGAUGACGACGACGACGAUUGA